UCCACAUUAUCUAUUUCUCUCUCCCUAUGUAUAUAUACAUCAAUCUCUCUCAUUUGGAGGAACACACACCUACAUUUACCCUAACAAACUCUAUUCGAAGCUCUUUCACACCAAUAUAACGAAAGCACUCAUGGCAAUCACUAAUACUAAGACGUUUCAACUCCUUAGUCGCCUGAGAAGGGCAAUUCACAAGGUGAAAUUUUUGCUAUCGUUCAACCCCACCAGGUGGGUCAUGUUUUCGAUCAUCGGUUCGUCGCCCGGGCCACAACUGGCGAGCUUUAGCCCCCGACCGAGCCUAGCCGACGCCACUGACGGCGUAUACGUCGACACGGGCGCAUCUUCUUUUUCGAGCUCCAGUACUGGUGCAGUGUCGCGGACGAGUAGCUUGCUGUCGACGCCCGGGGGCGACGAUAUCGACGCGAGGGCGGAUGUUUUUAUCGCGAAUUUUUAUCAACAUAUUCGGAUGGAGAGGGAGGUGUCGCUCGAGCUCCGAUACAGCGAAAGGGAGAAGAGCCUGGAGAGGACCCGAUCGGAUUAGAUAAGUAUGGAGAAAAUUCAAUGAUCCUUGUAAUUAGAUGUGUUCGAUUAAUGGGGAAGUAACCAAUAUUAUUUGAGUGGUUAUUUUUCCAAUAUUACAAGUUUGUAAGUAAUUGGAGAGGGGAAAAGAGGAGGAGAAGAAGAAGAGAAUUUUGAUUCUUCGAUUUGUUUUUGUUGGUUGAUUUAUUUUCAUUUGUUUGUAAUUAUGCAAUAAAUUUGUUUUGGGCUUUUGGGUAAAGUUGUUAUCCACUCAAGCUCUA